AUGGGGUUUGCCGGGGCGAUGCGAAGGUUGGACGAGGGCGGCGGCUGGGGCUUCUGGGACGGGUGCUUCCGCUUGCUCAGCAGCUUGAUGAGGCCCAAGUCGGCUCGGCGAUGCGGACGUGGCCGUCCAGGUCAAGCAGGACGUUCUCCAGCUUCAAGUCGCGGUACACAACGAACAGUAUGUGGAUGUAAUCGAGGGCGAGGAGGAUCUCGGCGGGGAUGCGGCGGCGCGCCUCCUUAG